CACUAUCGAUUGUUAAGCCGUGUCCGUCGCCGACUCGCCGUUGUCGAGACCGGUCGAAAAUGGACUCGAACGUCCUCAGCCUCGAUUCCAUCCGGGAUUUCAUGGUUUUGAAGGGCGGACGAGUGACAAACCACGAGUUGGUUCAACAUUUCAAAGAAGUACUGACAGACCCGGUAACAAGAGAUGAGGCGCGUAUUAGGUUCAAGGAAUACAUCAACACCCUCGCCACACUCACAAGAGAUUCGGAAGGAGGAAAGCAGCUUGUGCUCAAAAAACGAUUCCGUAUGUCACAUCCGGAGCUGCAGUCCGGCUCGACAUCGCCUGCGAUUCCGUCGUCUCUUCCCAUCUCGCCUCUUCAAGCACCGAGUUUAAACUUGCAGUAUCAGCCCGUGUACCACACAUCACAUGACUCUAUAGACAGCCUGGUCUCUCCGCUGCGGCACACGUACCGUCGUCUUUCCCAGGACUCGCUCGGGUCAUAUUCCCUGAAGUCCCCGGUCACUCCUACCUUGACGACACCUACUUAUAAAGGACCUAUCGCCGCUCCGAUCGGCCUGAAGAGGAACAUAUCACAAGACUCUGUGUUCGGAUCUUCGAUUUUCGAAGCGUCGACUUCCUCGAUGAAAGAAGCAGACCCUCCUCCGGUUCCUCCGCGGAGGAAGAGCAGCGACAAAAUGCGAUUGGACUACCCACCAGAAGAGCAAAAACCGGUUGAAUCGGCUGUUGUGCCAAGCAGCGCGCCGCCUCCUCAGGAGACCCUUCCGACUGAUAUUGAGAACAAGGAAAAUGUAGCGGACGAAAACAAGAUAAGCGUGAAGGAGCGGAUGCAGAAGUUUGAUAGAAUGGCCUCGGAAAGCGCACUCAACAAAACUUCUCUACAGAACAACAAUAGCAAGAAGAGACACGAAAGGGUCGACAAAGACGAGGAUGACAGUGGAUCUGUCGCUCUGCUCGAUGGAAAAAGCAAGGAAUGGAUAGUGAAAUGCGCCCAGUGCGACUACCAGGCGAUAGUGAAAAUGGCAGCUGAAAAUCCUAAACUUAUUAAACUCAAGGUAAGAAUUUUCAAUAGCCAAAUUUUAAGUCUGUUUUAG